CCUAAUCCCUGAAUCAUUGUUGCUUUAGUACAUCUGUGAUUAAUGAGCUUGGUUUAUUUGAGCAUGGCCACGGUUUUUGUUUAGAAAGCAGGCACGUUUGUGUGUUCUCUACCACUUGACUGACACAUGAGAAUGGGGAGCUGAUAUGAUUGAUUUUUAUAGGUGCAAGCCUUCCCUCUGGCUCCUGUCGGCUGUGAGAUAAGGGGCUGUGCUUUUCACUUUGGUCACUUUUGAAACUCGACCCCACAGUAGUGGGAUAGGAGGGAGGCAUGUUUUCUGUUUUUUUUUUGUAAAGACAGAAGCACGCAUUUUGAUCCACAGCUUCUUCCACAGGCUGCCCGUGGGUCACUCCUGCCUGAGAGAGAGACAGAGACAGAGCUCUGGGAGAGUUUAAGCAAGUCAGAGGAAGCAGAGAAAAUAAGUUUAACAGGGCAUCUGCACAGCAAUGAAAAAAAAACUUUAACAGCAAAAUCGAGUGUGCAUGCAUGCAGGAUUUAAAGAACUCGUAAAGGACUGUAAUACAGUGUUGCAGGCAGUGUCAGAUUUAAAUAACUUGUAAAGGACUGUAAUACAGUGUUGCAGGCAGUGUCAGAUUUAAAGGAUGCAAUUGUCUUGCAUUGGUGUGAGCCUGCUGAUUGCAUGUGUCUCAGCAGCCUCCUCGGGGGGCAGUGCCCAGCGUGGAGGGGCGGAUGGCAGUCGCAGGAGGCUGCAUCGGGUGCAGCACGGGCAGUGCAGUUACACCUUCGUGCUGCCCGAGCUGGAGAACUGCAGGGGGGCGCAGGACCAGUAUGGCAGCAGAAACGCCCUGCAGAGGGAUGCACCCUCCUCGGAGAACCCACUGCACAAGCUGCAGCACCUGGAGCACGCCAUGGAGAACAACACUCAGUGGCUGCAGAAGUUGGAGAACUACAUCCAAGAGAAUAUCAAAACGGAGAUGGUGCAGAUCCAGGCGACUGCGGUGCAGAAUCAGACAGCCACCAUGCUGGAGAUUGGCACAAACCUGCUGACAAGAACCGCAGAGCAGACACGCAAACUCACAGACGUGGAGGCACAGGUUAUGAACCAGACCUCCAGGAUUGAAAUCCAGCUGCUGGAGAACUCGCUGUCUACAAACAAACUGGAGAAACAACUUUUGAUGCAGAUCAAUGAUCUUUCUAGACUCCACGACAAAAACAGCGUUUUGGAAAACAAAGUCUUGGAGAUGGAGUCAAAACACCGGUCAGAACUGGAUGGUAUAAAAACAGAGAAGGAGAAGCUGGGGCAGCUUGUGGCUCGCCAGAUGAACACCAUCGAGGGCUUGGAGAAACAACUUCACUUCGCCAGCAACAACAACAGUGUCCUUCAGAAACAACAACUGCAGCUCAUGGACUCGGUGCACGCCCUCGUCAGCCUGGUCUCGCAGGGGAGAGUAUUUCCGAAGAAGGAUGAGAGGACUUUCCGAGACUGUGCAGAGGCCUAUAAAGCUGGCCUCAACGUCAGUGGGGUCUAUACGGUACGGAUCAGCAAUGCCACUGAGCCAACCAAGGUUUUCUGUGACAUGGACACCAGUGGCGGGGGGUGGACUGUGUUUCAACGCAGAGUCAACGGCAGUGUGGAUUUUCAGCGCACCUGGAGAGAAUAUAAAGGGGGUUUUGGCGAUCCCUCCGGUGAAUACUGGCUAGGAAAUGAGGCUGUCUAUCUGCUCACCAGCCAAGCCUCGUAUUCAUUGAGGAUCGAGCUGAAGGACUGGGAGGGAAACCAUCCCUACUCGCAGUACGAGAGGUUUCAGCUUGGGAGUGAGAAGCAGCACUACAGGCUGUUUCUGAAGGGGUACAGUGGCACUCCCGGCCAGCAGAGCAGCCUCGUCAUCCAGGGCACCAGCUUCAGCACCAGGGACUCCGACAACGACAACUGCCUCUGCAAGUGUGCGCUCAUGUUAACAGGGGGUUGGUGGUUCGAUGCCUGCGGGCUCUCAAACCUGAAUGGCAUGUACUACCCUGCCGGGCACAACAUCAGGAAACUAAACGGCAUCAAGUGGCACCACUUCAGAGGCCCGAGCUACUCCCUGCGAGCAACCACCAUGAUGAUCCGGCCCUCGGAUUUCUGAUUGCAGUCGUGAAGCUGGCACACAUUGCAGCUGCUGUGCUCAACUCCAUGUGCAGAGACUGGCAUUGAUUUCUGAUUGCAGUCGUGAAGCUGGCACACAUUGCAGCUGCUGUGCUCAACUCCAUGUGCAGAGACUGGCAUUGAUCAGGGAGCAGCACCUCCAGCAGCAGGAGCUGCAAGAAUGACUGCCUGAAUGAACCAGUCAGCCUGCUCCCUUCAAAAAAUACAUGAAUAUCUCCCGCCACGGCCCAUUAAGCCAGACCAAGCAGAGAUCUGAUUCAUCACUGAAGUCAUCAGUGAACAAUAUGCCUUCAGGACCUGGGGCUCGGGUGAAGGGUUUUUUGUUUAAAGCGUCAUUUUUUUUUUUUUUGUGUGUGAUGGAACAGAAAGCAGACCUGUUAUACAUUGCUCAAGGUUUGUCAGGGUAGCACCUCGUAAACCUUAAUCAAGCAGUAAAACGUGUUUCAGCUGUCGACAGACUUGUGUUCUUCUGAUCGCUGUGUGAAUAAUCCCAGACAUGGCCACAGACUGUUUGCUUUUACUUGUGCUACUGACGAUAUAUAUAUAUAUAUAUUGUAAUAGAUAUGCAUACAAGUUUUUAUCAUUGAUAUAUUUUAGUUUAUUUGCGACAGGGUUGACAAUGCAAGUAGAUAUUCAGUGAGCACGCUGUUUUUUCCCUUCUUUUAUUAAUGUUCAGGAUGUAAGCAUGCUUUUUGGAUUGCUGAUCACUUAAAGGCAUUAGCAGUGGCGGAGGUGCACAAGUCGCUCAAGUAUGCAGGGUUAUUUGUAAUUUGCUCAAAAUGAAAUUCACUCCACAUUAUUGUUGUACAGCACACAAAUCCACACACUCAAUUAAGAAUUCAGUAUUUCUUUUUACUGAUCUGUAUUAUUAUUAUUAUUAUUAUUAUUAUUAUUAUUAUUAUUAUUAUUAUUAUUAUUAUUAUUAUUAUUAUUAUUAUUAUCUUAAUCGGUGCUUAAGAUUUACUUCCAAGAUUACAUUGCAUGAUAAAUGCUCAUCUAAUAUGUAGUUAAACUGCAUCGUUGUGUUCAUAGUUUCUUUUUAUAAAUGUCUCAUUAGGUACAGUGUUUAUUGUAAUGUACACAAUCUUUGACAUUAGUAACAGUAAUGUUUUUUUUUUUUUUUUUUUCUCACUUAAAAAUAUAAUAAUUCCAAAUGAUGCCUGUGCAUGAAUGUCAGCAUCACUGCUGUACGGUGCUGUAGUGACACAUGUCAUUUUCAAAUGAUUAUUGAACUGGUGCUGCUGUGAUAGUCUGAAGUGCUGGACUUGAAUUCCCGAUGGACGUCUUUGUGCUAGUUUUGUGAUUUGGGUUUGGGGUGUUUCAUUGAGGCAGGUUUGUACAGAUUGCACUUUAGAACUGGAGCGAAAAGCCAGACUUCUUUGUGUUGUGAAAUCUAAUGAAGAUUGAAUGGAACUAAAUGGAAACGACAUUUUGAAAUGAAUGUUACAUGCAAUAUAAAGUUCACGUGCAGUAUAAUCACAGCUUUCCAUUCACUAUGUUUCAGUUGUUGUUUUUUGUGUGUGAUACCAGUUAAAGUCACUGUUUAAAAUAUAUAUCUUUUUUUCUUUCAUUUCUUUGAUACAAUGUUGGUUCUGGUUAACCUUCACUCAUGGGCUGCUCUGGGGUGCCGCUGUGAGGGUUCUUGUUUUAAACACUAAUGUGUUGGUUCAUCAACGCUGAAGCUUGGAUCUGUGUGUUCUAAGAACUACCUGGAAUACUGCCGGCCAAAUCGCAUUCUUCAAGUUAAACAGCAUGACUUCUGAGCAAAGCAACGACUCUCUCCACAUGCGUGUCUUUAAUAAUAUAAACCCAAAUGUAAUGUUUUACUGUAAAACUAUAAGGAACCUUUUUUCAACGUUAUAAUGUUGCUCCUUAUUAAUUACAAUGUAUUUUUUUAAAAGAAAAAAGUAUUAUAAAUAAAUAAACAUGGUGUGGGUUUUUAUGACGGUUUUUUAUUUUUUUAUUUUUGGUUCUUGUACGGCUGCUACACAUUUGAGGGAAA